AUGUCGAAUAUUGAGCUUCGCACAAAAACAAUCCGGGACGGUGUAACGGCCGAGGAGUUGUUUCAGGGUGAUGGCCUUACCUACAACGACGUCAUUAUCCUUCCGGGCUUCAUUGACUUUGGCGCGUCAGAGGUGCAAGUUUCAGGGCAAUUUACAAAAAAAAUUCGGUUGCAUAUCCCCAUCGUUGCGUCUCCGAUGGACACUGUAACGGAGAGUGAGAUGGCCCGCACAAUGGCGUUGAUGGGGGGCAUCGGAGUGCUUCAUAACAACUGCACUGUUCAAAGCCAAGUGCAGAUGGUGCGAAGCGUCAAGUUAUUUCGUAAUGGUUUUAUCAUGAAGCCCAAGUCUGUGGCCCCGGAUACGCCUAUCUCUGUCAUUCAGGAGAUAAACAGCGAAAAAGGAAUCAGUGGCAUCCUAGUGACGGAGGAUGGCCGGCACGACGGCAAGCUGCUUGGUAUUGUCUGUUCAAAGGACAUUGAUUUUGUGAAAGAUGUGUCGUUGCCGGUGUCGCAAUUCAUGACAAGGCGCGAAAACAUGACUGUGGAACGGCACCCCAUUCAAUUAGAGGAAGCGAUGGAUGUGCUAAACCGCAGCCGACACGGUUAUUUGCCAGUCCUGAAUGACAAGGGGGAAGUAAUGUGCCUUUGUUCUCGUCGUGAUGCGGUGCGUGCACGCGCCUUCCCGAACAGCAGCCUUGAUCGUAAUGGACAUCUUCUGUGUGCUGCUGCAACCUCCACGAGAGAAGAGGAUAAGGCACGUGUAAAGGCUCUUUCUGGUGCUGGCGUAGACGUUCUCGUGUUGGACAGCUCGCAAGGCAACACUGCCUAUCAGAUAUCAUUUAUAAAGUGGGUGAAGAAGACAUUUCCCCAUUUGGAAGUUGUCGCGGGUAAUGUCGUGACACAAGACCAGGCUAAGAAUCUUAUUGAUGCUGGUGCUGAUGCUAUUCGCAUUGGUAUGGGAAGUGGCAGCAUUUGCAUCACACAAGAAGUUCUUGCAUGUGGUCGUCCACAGGCUACGGCAGUAUAUAAGGUAUCUCACUAUGCUGCAUCACGUGGUGUGCCAUGUAUGGCAGAUGGUGGCCUGCGAAAUGUUGGUGACAUUUGCAAGUCUCUUGCUCUUGGUGCAAGCACCGCCAUGCUGGGCUCCAUGUUGGCCGGUACCUCCGAGACACCGGGAAGAUACUUCUUUAAGGACGGUCUUCGUCUCAAGACUUACCGUGGUAUGGGAAGCCUUGAGGCUAUGUCGCAAGGGAAGGAGUCUGGGAAACGUUAUCUCUCAGAGAAGGAGAGUGUGCAGGUGGCACAAGGCGUUUCUGGUACAGUACUUGACAAGGGCUCUGUGACGAAGCUACUCGCGUACAUCCACAAGGGGCUGCAGCAGUCUGCACAAGACAUUGGUGAAAUCAGCUUUGACGCCGUGCGAAGGAAGAUGUAUGAGGGACAGGUUUUAUUUAACCGUCGCAGUCCCAUUGCCCAGAUGGAAGGUGAAGUUCAUUCGUUACACUCGUACGAGAAGAAGUUAUUUACUUCAAAGCUGUAG